UUGCCUUGUUGCAAAUGCCUGGGCGAGCAGCAGUGCCUGUGGUUGUGCAGGGUGCCCCCAGCUUAAGCUGCCUCACUGGCUCACUCCUGGCGCUCUUGUUACACCCGGAAAGAAGGGAGAGAAAGAACUCGUCAACCUGUGGUGCUGACUGACCAUACACACCUGCAAAUGUAGAUCAGUUGGCAUAGCCCCCUCCUCAGGACUGCUGUCACCAGAUCCUUACACUAGCAAGAACAGCAGUGCUAUUUCUCUGCCUAGGAACAGUUAAGUGCUUCUUCUGCAUGACCAUAACCAAAGGGUGACCCAUCCACUCCCUUAUGUCCUAUGGGGACCUCAGAGCCAGUUUCUCAGUCUUCAUCUCCUCCUCCUCCUCUUACCACUGCUGCUGAUGCCCUGGGUGCUGCUCCCAGGUUUGAGACAUUGUUGACAGGCUGAAGAAAGGAAUUGCAAAGACCUCCUCACUGUGUAAAUAAAGUGAUGGCUGGAAUUAACUUCAACUCCCCAAGUAAUGAUAUUAAAUAAUAAGAUUGCUAGGCCAAAGCAUUAACAGGAGCAAAUUAGGAGAAAAGAGACUAUUUGCAUUUGGUUGCAAUGAAUGAGCUGAGACCAUCUGUGAAGAGCAGGUACCCUUUGAUUUGUGUAAUUUUUUCCUCAUGAAUGCAGUCUUUGUAGCCUGCAAGGUAGUCAUGAUUCUGAUCAAAUCUGUGAUUGCUACAGGAGAUAAAGGAAAAUAAAGGGUCUUGAUGGACAAAAAAAAACAAGGGCAUCAGCUGUUUCCUGGUUACAUUUUGAGAGUUUCAUCUAUUCUUAUGAGCAAAACAGUGGUUUGUGUCAAACAUUCCAGGCAUUGACAAAAUGUAGAUCUGUGGUUUUCCAAAGUAUAGAUACAGUGUUACAACUGUGUUGCCCUGUUCUGUGUCCAGGGGACUGUCCUCCAAAUGCAAAUGGCUUUGAACUUUCUAAUGAAAGUUGUGGCUACACUGUAAAUAAACCAAACCCUUUUUGCAUUAAGCAAUUGAAAACAAACAAAACCAUUUUGCAAAGCCAGUUGCAAAAUGGAGGUUGCAAUGGUGAGUGCAGACAGCUCUGGGUGCAACAGCCACAUGCCCUAUGGAUACGCGGCCCAAGCUCGGGCCCGUGAGAGAGAGCGCUUGGCACAGUCCAGAGCCGCAGCGGCUGCAGCUGUAGCAGCAGCAACAGCAGCCGUAGAAGGUGGGGCAACAGGCGGAGGUGGACCCUAUCACCACUACCAUCAGGAACAGAGUCGAGGUGCAUCCUCCUCUCAUGGUGGGAACGCAUCACGCAGCAGCGUGCCCCACCGCCAGAGUAGUAAGAGGCGGAAGAAAGGGAAAAAGAGGAGCCACCAUUUGGGAAGUAGGGAGUGCGGGGCCUCCUUCCCCUGUUCUGAGCUGCUGCCUCUCAGUGGUUCUGAAGAGAGAAUACUGAAGGACUUGAGUGAGGAGGAAGAGGAGGAUGAAGAGGAGGAUGAAGACGAUGAGGAAGAAGGAAAGCUCUACUACAGUGAUGACUAUGGGGAGGAUGAGUUUUCGUACUCGGACCAGCCACCUGAUGAUGGUGGAGGCCCUGGGGGUUACAGCUCUGUUCGCUACAGUGAGUACGACUGUUGUGAGCGUGUGGUAAUCAACGUGUCAGGACUGCGGUUUGAGACCCAGCUGAAGACAUUAGCUCAGUUCCCGGAGACACUGUUGGGUGAUCCAGCAAAGCGAGGGAGAUACUUUGACCCUCUCAGGAAUGAAUACUUCUUUGACAGGAACAGGCCCAGCUUUGAUGCCAUCCUGUACUACUACCAGAGUGGCGGUCGGCUGAAGAGGCCAGUCAAUGUACCCUUUGACAUCUUCACUGAGGAGGUGAAAUUCUACCAACUUGGGGAGGAGGCCAUGCUCAAGUUUAGGGAGGAUGAAGGGUUUGUCAAAGAGGAAGAGGUCAAAGCUUUGCCAGAGAAUGAGUUUAAGAGGCAGGUUUGGCUGCUGUUUGAGUACCCGGAAAGCUCCAGUCCAGCUAGAGGCAUUGCCAUUGUCUCUGUCUUGGUCAUCUUGAUCUCCAUCGUCAUCUUUUGUCUGGAGACUUUGCCAGAGUUCAGAGAUGACAAAGAAUUCAUCAUGUCGCUGAGCAUUGGGAAGGGGCAUUCCAAUGAGUCGCUUCACCUGAAUGCUGGGGAACAUACCAUCUUCAAUGACCCUUUUUUCAUUGUAGAGACAGUAUGCAUCAUUUGGUUCUCCUUUGAGUUUACAGUGCGCUGCUUUGCAUGUCCAAGCAAAGCACACUUCUUCAAGAACAUCAUGAACAUCAUAGACAUUGUUUCCAUCUUGCCUUACUUCAUUACUCUGGGCACUGACUUGGCACAGGAACAGGGCAGUAAUGGUCAACAGACCAUGUCUUUUGCCAUCCUGAGAAUCAUCCGUCUGGUCAGGGUGUUUCGCAUCUUCAAGCUCUCCAGGCACUCCAAGGGUUUGCAGAUCCUGGGUCAUACACUCAGGGCCAGCAUGAGGGAACUUGGCCUCCUCAUCUUUUUUCUUUUUAUUGGAGUCAUUUUGUUUUCCAGUGCCGUUUACUUCGCAGAAGCUGAUGAGCCUGCCACCCAUUUUCAAAGCAUCCCAGAUGCCUUUUGGUGGGCCGUAGUGACCAUGACUACGGUUGGUUAUGGGGACAUGAAACCCAUAACUGUGGGUGGGAAAAUAGUUGGGUCCCUGUGUGCCAUUGCAGGAGUGUUAACCAUUGCUUUACCAGUGCCAGUGAUUGUCUCCAAUUUUAACUAUUUCUACCACAGAGAGACUGAAAAUGAAGAACAAACACAGCUGAUGCAAAAUGCAGUCAGUUGCCCUUACCUCCCAACAAAUUUACUGAAGAAAUUUAGAAGCUCAUCAUCUUCAUCCACAGAGGAUAAAUCAGAGUAUUUGGAGAUGGAAGAAGGUGUUAAAGAAUCUCUUUGUGUAAAGGAGAAAAAAAGUCAGGACACGGGGAAUAGCAGUGAGUCAGAGAAGAAAAACUGUGUAAAUUCAAAUUCUGUGGAAACUGAUGUGUAAUUUUGAACGUUUCCAAAUAUAUUUAUGCAUUAAAGAGUGCAGUGAAAAUAAUGAAAUAUGCAAACAAGAGUCCACAGCAUACAGUAGUAUGCCAUUUAAAGGUUAAAUACAAAUAAAAAACAUUGCUAAAGUU